GGAAGACUGACAGAAAGAGAAGAUGGCUGAUAAGUGUCACUUGUGUCUGCUGGGACUGAUCUUUCUCUCUUCACUUCUCACAGGUCUCAGUGGAGUGGAUGAUGCUCAUGUGUUCAUCAGUUCUGGUGAAGAUGUCCGUCUGCCCUGUAAUAAUGCUCUUCCUGGCUGUAAAUAUACUACAUGGAACUAUGAAAGAUUCAGAGAUUCAGCAGCAGUUGAACUGGUUGCUGGAGGGAGAAAGAAGACAGACAUAGAGAAACAUGAGAGACUGAGUCUGGAGUCUGACUGCUCUCUGAACAUCAAGAGCGUCACAAAAGAAGAUUGUGGAUCUUACAUCUGCCAACAAUGGACGGGUCCGAAAGGACAACAAAAACAACAAGGAACUAAUGCUCAUGUUUAUCUGAAUGUUCUUCAUGUCUCUUCAUCUGAGAUCAGUGCAGGCCGCUCUGUGACUCUCUAUUGUCAGUUGUAUUCAUAUCCCCAAGUCUCUUUUAAUGAUUUGAUCUGUUCUGGGGGAAUUGAGUUGUUCUGGGUGAAUCAGGCUGGUGAUAAACUGAAAAACUCAGACUCCAGAUAUCAGAUAUCAGCUCCAGGUCACUGUAUCUUCACUCUGAAUACAACAAUCCAGAAUGAAGAUGAAAACAGAGAGUGGAGAUGUGAAGUUACUCACAGAAAUAAAGUCCAGACCUCAACCACAUAUACUGGCAAGAGUUCAGUGAUUGAGAUUAUUGUUAAGUUUGCAGUGUUUGCAGUGUUUGCUGCUCCUACUGUGAUUCUUCUUCAGAUCAUCUGUGACAGAAGAGCUGAAAACAAAGAAAAACCCUGACCAUUUUGAGGAAAUGAUGCCAUCCAUUUUCUUUUUAUUUAUUUUUUUUUACAAAUAACUGGCAAGC